ACACCUUCACUAGAGAAGGCAAAAAUUGAGAGAGGAGAGAGAAAAAAAGAAAGUUGAAGGAGACGAGGCCACCCAUUCCCCCUAGAAAAGAUGGUGGGAAAAGUUCUUUUUGUACAUACUGCGAUGAUGGUGAUGAUGAUGAUGAUGCCUGCAAUCUCCAACAAGAACAACGACAAAUCCAUUCCUCCACUCACGUUGCAGUGACGGCCCAUGAAGAAACAGCAAGUGGAUAUACAUGGAGAAGAAUUGCGGGUGUUGGGCAGCAUUCAAGCGAGGUGUUAAGGGAGUCUGCAAGUCAUCAGCUUCCAGAGACUCAGCUAACGCUCUCCCUCGGACCAGUCUUGUUUAUGACGCAGCCACAGAGACCCGAUACCUGAAUGCCAGCAACCGGGAACUCUCUGUUCCCCAUGAAGUUCAGCUCUCAAGUGAAAAUCCUGGUCCACCACCAUCAGAAAAGAAAGAUUCUCGCCAGUUGCUUCAGUUUACUUUUCAGGAGCUUAAGGCUGCAACUGGAAACUUCAGACCUGAUAGUAUUCUUGGGGAAGGUGGGUUUGGAUAUGUAUUCAAAGGUUGGAUAGAAGAGAAUGGGACAGCGCCUGCUAAGCCUGGCUCGGGCAUCACAGUUGCAGUCAAAAGUCUGAAGCCUGAUGGUCUUCAGGGCCACAGAGAAUGGGUGGCUGAGGUUGAUUUCCUUGGACAACUCCACCAUCCUAACCUUGUAAAACUUAUUGGCUACUGCAUUGAAGAUGAUCAACGGCUUCUUGUUUAUGAAUUUAUGACCAGGGGAAGUCUUGAGAACCAUCUCUUUAGAAGGACCCUACCUCUUCCAUGGUCUAGCAGAAUUAAAAUUGCCCUUGGUGCAGCUAAAGGGUUGGCUUUUCUCCAUGGAGGACCUAAGCCUGUAAUUUAUAGGGAUUUCAAGACAUCCAACAUUUUGCUUGAUUCGGAGUACAAUGCAAAGCUUUCAGAUUUUGGCCUUGCAAAAGCUGGUCCCCAGGGGGACAAGACACAUGUUUCUACAAGGGUUGUUGGUACAUAUGGUUAUGCUGCUCCAGAAUAUGUGAUGACAGGACACUUGACAUCUAAAAGUGAUGUUUACAGCUUUGGUGUUGUGUUACUUGAGAUUUUAACGGGUAGAAGAUCAAUGGACAAGAACCGACCCAGUGGGGAGCAAAAUCUUGUUGCCUGGGCCCGACCACAUUUGGCAGACAAGCGAAAGCUUUACCAGCUAGUGGAUCCUCGGUUGGAACUUAACUACUCCAUUAAAGGGGUGCAGAAGGUUGCUCAGUUAGCUUACUACUGCCUCAGCAGGGACCCUAAAACUCGCCCAUCCAUGGAUGAAGUUGUAAAGGGUCUGACCCCAUUGCAGGAUCUCAAAGACUUUGCAAUCUUAACAUAUCAUUCCCGUUCAUCUCAACAAGCUCGACGAAAGAAAAAACCUGAUGGGCCCCGGCAGCUCACCUACACCCAAUCUAGAAGCAUCAGGGACUCUCCAUUGAAUACGGCUACACCAGAUUGUAGAUAGUCUAAGUUGGGUGUAUUUUUUAUUUACAUGGAUGGUGCAUCUCUCUAUUUAUUGCCUUUGAUUGGCUUAAUUUCUACCUGAACCAUGUGCUGAGGGUGCAGUUUUUCUUUCUGAGGAAAUGGAGGCGUGGAGGCAAUAUGCCAAGCUAAGGUGUUUGAACGUGGAUAUUUGGGUGUCUGAGAUCUGCAGUGCAGGUUGGAGAGCAAGGAAUACAUUAAAGUUGAGGAAGGUACAUUACUUCCCUUAUUUGUAUGAACUCUCUACACUGGAUUGUAGAUCUAACCAUUGAAUUGAGAUCGUUUCCUGUAUUCCUGUCAGUGUUGUAAUUGAGAUAUGCCAAUGGAAGUAGAUACAAAAUUUUUCAAUUUCCAUGAUUGCUUGGAAGUGUCUCAAAUUCGAAUUUAUUGGGAUUUUGGAGAUGAGACCUGGCUUGCCCUCUAUUAUGACUGGAUGAAUUUUUUUCUUUUAGUUUCUAGCCCCAAAUUGUAAUGGGUUUUAUCAACUAGUUUGUUUGGUGGUAUACUUGACAGAGACCCAUCACUAUUGACAAUUGCUAUUUGCAUUUAAGUUUUUUUGUUUUUUUUAAAGCCCUAUUUGCAUUUUAGUUGAUC